AAGGCAUUGGUGGCGGACUCAUUAGAUCUAAACUAAGACAAUUGGCUUGCAUUGUUUGAGGAACAAUUCUUUUUCACUUGUGAUAGCCUCGACUUUUUAAACUUAUUAUCAAAGAGAGUUUCACAACUAUUACAAUUCGCCAUUCGAGUAACCCCAGAUUCUCUUAUUUGAUUUGUCCAUAGCCUCGAUUUUCACAAUGAGCAUCAUCACUCUUAUAUCAAGUGGGUUCCAGAUCCACCACGAAUUUGGUGUUGGUUUGGUGCUUCACGGUUCCAAUUAUUACUCAAUUGCACCGAAACAGAAAAUGCUGCCAACAAACCUGGAGAACUUUAUUCGACACCUCUGUAUUCUCACUCUUUUCGCCGAUUUUUAUAAGCCAGUUCGAAGAAACAAGAUUAAAACCCAACAGGUGGCUGCCAAGGUUCAAGACGAAGCUUUACCCUUGCCCGCCAAAGGCCAAAUUAGUGCGGCUAUCCGACACUAUAACAAUGGGCCUUUUCAGGGCGGCUUACUGUUUCCGGCGAGCUUCAGGCACUGUCGAUGGCUGUUUCUCCACUGUCUCACAUUAGAAUCGUAUGGCUCUGAACCACCAAGCUUCGGAUAUAAGCGGGUUGGCUCACCAGGCUCUGGCAAUCAAUCCGGCGAGAAGAAACAGCGAUCUGCCCAGCAAAAUAACAACGGCAGUAAUGGCAAAGGCAACAAGGGAAACGGCCAGGGUCCAGGAAAGAAGAAACGAGGGUUUGGUCCUCAGAAUCCUCUAAUCAAGAAGCUUGCUUGUCUAUUUUACAAGCUUGAUUCUGGAAAAUACGAAUGCUGCGCUGGAUACAACCUCACUAAAUGGGACCAUGUUUUGCAACACCUCAAAAGAAUACACCUUAUCCAAAGAGAACACUGCCCCAAUUGCAGAGAAGAGUUUAAGGGCGAGUUUGCAGAGGCCGAAAAGAAUGAACAUAUUCUCCAAGACACUUGCCAGAAGAAAACCACCACGGAAACUGGGCUUCUUCUUGAAGAGGAGUACAAUGAUCUAACCGGUCUACACGGUUCUCACGAGGAAAAGUGGUACAGAGCUUGGGAGAAGCUAUUUGGAGAACACCGACCUCCUUAUUCGCCAUUUAUUGAGUCUCUGGAGUCUGUGCUAGAAGCUCAGUACCAUGCUUUGGAGAGAGAACUACCGGGUCUUUUACAGUCAUUUCUCCGCGAUGCAAGCGUUAGGCCGGAAAGUGUUAGUACCUCGGCUACUACCAACGCUAUACUGAGUCUGCUUCGCAAUCCCAUCUCUACGUCCAGUUCCCUUGCAAAUGGAGAACCCCCAACUGAGUUAACAUCUCCGAUUCCGGGACCAUCACCACGGGCUCAUAAUAUGCCCCCCAGCCGUGCUCCAGAACCUUCAACCAAUGCCGGUGAGUGUUUUGGGCCCAGUACUGACGCUGUAAACGCUCAACCGGUCAUUCCAACAACGGAGUUUAGACCUUCUGCAUCACAGGAGAGAAACAUGGAGGAAUUACUUUGGCACCAGACUUUGGGAGAAUUAUCGACUUUUGACACGGUGUUUUAUGACGCUAAUGAAGCUGCUGAUCGGUGGAUCAACUUCUCAGGUGAUGGAGAGUGUUUUAAAGAGUUUGAAGAUAGUAGCGCAUCCUAGAAUGAAUACUCUCGCUUAUACAGGCUAGCACUCUAUCUUUUAUCUGAAUUAUCUAUAAACUGUCGCCGUUUCAAGUUCACAUGAUUGAAUAGACAAGCGUUGAAGUAUUCCAUACAACUGAUGCGCAGAGGACAAAGGAUCUUUAUAUUAGAGGAUGUAGUAU